AGUCUUCUCUUCUACUUGAAGCCACACGAUCUUGGGGUAGGUGGCUAAGGAAGCACACCAGCUCUGGUUUUCCAAGUCAAAAGGAUCGAGGAGACGUAGUUGCUUCCUCUUCCUUGGCAACUCUCUUGGAACUCGCUUAUAAGUCCACCACCUCUGUACUCGAUCCUCCAUCCACCUCUCGGUUGCCUUCCACGAGCUUCGAUGGCCAUGGCGUUCUCCUCUCUAUCCGCUCUUCUUCUUCUUCUUUUUCCUCUGGUUCUUUUUGCCUCUUUUGGCGCUGCAGAUGAGGAGAAGAUGACUCACCUGCACUUCUACCUGCACGAGAUAAACUCCGGCGCAAACGCCACCGGGAUGACGGUUGCAGUCCCCCCGGGCAAGGAGUUCUACUACGAGACCUUCGGCGCAAUCAGCGUCAUCGAUGACAUCCUGAGGGAAGGCCCCGAGCGGGACUCGAAGCUCAUCGGGCGGGCGCAGGGGCUACUCGCGCAGGCCUCCCUGGAGAAACCGGCGCUGCUUUCGGCCGUCAACUUCGUGUUCACCGCGGGGAAGUACAACGGCAGCACCUUCUCCAUCCUGGGCCGGGCGGUGCUCACCGAGCUGUUCGAGCGGGCCAUCGUCGGGGGCGCGGGGAUGUUCCGGAUGGCGCGGGGGUACACCUUGGGCAAGGUCAUCAGCGCCGAGGAGGGGUACCUGAUCAUGGAGUUGGACGCUUACGUCGUUCACCACUGAGCUACAUUUAUGCGUCAUCGUCGAUGAAUCCUUCUUGUAGUUCUCUUUCCUUUUAUUUGUGCAAAUAAGCCUUCGCUCAUUGGCGACGGUGUGUGACUUCUCACACCAGACAAUAAUACUAGCUUUGGGUUUUGCUGCAAA